CUGACUAAGAUGGCGACUGUGGCGCGGAGUGAAGGGGAGGUGCCAGCCGGCGAAUCUGGCCGGAGAGAUGCCAUCUGCAAUUUUGUUAUCUGCAAUGACUCUUCCCUUCGAAGUCAGCCCAUUAUCUUCAAUCCUGACUUUUUUGUGGAGAAACUCCGACAUGAGAAACCUGAGGUGUUCACCGAGUUGGUGGUCAGCAAUAUCACAAGGCUCAUCGACUUGCCUGGAACUGAGUUGGCUCAGCUGAUGGGAGAAGUGGACCUUAAGUUGCCUGGUGGGGCCGGCCCGGCAUCAGGAUUCUUCCGGUCUCUAAUGUCUCUCAAGCGAAAGGAAAAAGGAGUAAUAUUUGGAUCCCCACUGACAGAGGAAGGCAUUGCCCGUAUAUACCAACUGAUUGAAUAUCUACACAAAAACUUGAGAGUAGAGGGUUUGUUUAGAGUACCAGGGAAUAGUGUCCGACAGCAGAUUUUAAGGGAUGCUCUCAAUAAUGGAACUGAUAUCGACUUGGAAUCAGGGGAGUUUCACUCAAAUGAUGUUGCUACCUUGCUGAAGAUGUUUCUAGGAGAGUUACCUGAGCCCCUGCUGACACAUAAACAUUUUCAUGCACACCUCAAAAUUGCUGAUUUGAUGCAGUUUGAUGAUAAAGGAAACAAGACCAAUGUACCAGAUAAAGAGCGGCAAAUUGAGGCUCUUCAGUUGCUAUUCCUCAUUCUCCCUCCACCCAAUCGUAACUUGCUGAAGUUAUUGCUUGAUCUCCUGUACCAGACAGCAAAGAAACAAGACAAGAAUAAGAUGUCUGCCUAUAACCUUGCCCUUAUGUUUGCGCCCCAUGUCUUGUGGCCAAAAAAUGUCACUGCAAAUGACCUUCAAGAGAAUAUCACAAAGUUAAACAAUGGGAUGACUUUUAUGAUUAAACACUCUCAGAAACUUUUUAAGGCUCCUGCUUAUAUUCGGGAAUGUGCCAGAUUGAACUAUUUGGGUUCUAGAACGCAAGCAUCAAAGGAUGAUCUUGAUCUGAUAGCUUCGUGUCAUACCAGCUCCUUCCAAGUGACAAGAUCUCAGAAAUGGAACCAGCGAGAUUCCUGCCUUCAUCAGGAGGAGACCCAGCAGCGUACGGGAGAGGCACUAAGAGAAUUGUUCCAACAUGUUCACAAUAUGCCAGAGUCGGCAAAGAAGAAACAGCUUAUCAGACAGUUUAAUAAGCAUUCUGAGACCCAAACACCAGGACGAGAACCUUCUACCCUCCGGGUGCAGAAGAGGGCCCGUUCACGGUCCUUCAGUGGCCUUAUUAAGCGGAAGGUCCUGGGAAAUCAGAUGAUGUCAGAAAAGAAAAACAAGUACCCUACUCCAGAAUCUGUAGCCAUUGAUGAAUUGAAGAGAGCCAGCAAAGAAAAUAUAAAUUUACCUAGGAUUCCUCUGAAGGAUCCAGAGGUUUCCUGUUGUCCACCCAGAAUUUUCUCUUUUGUGGGCCAGGUGCCAUUACCACUCACAGAGAAGCUUGGACUUGCAGCUUGCUUGCUGCAUGUUGAAUUGUGAAAGCCAACUAAUCCUGUGACUUGACUGACGCCUCUAGCCCCACUCAGUGGGUGACAUCUACAGACUCUGCCUGCUGAACCAGUGCUAGCGACUCUCUCUCUCUCUUUAAAAAAAACGUUAUGGGGAAACCACUAACCAGCCAAGUCGGCGUAGACAGCACAGUAAAUGAGUAGAACCAGGCAGACUCCUGUGCUCAUUCCAUGUAUUUGUUUAGGCAGAUUCUAUUUUUAAAAUAUUUGAAAUCUGUGCUCAACUGCCAGUGAUUUUUUUAAAAAGUGCUGUCAAUCCUGGUGGAUUGAUGUUAUUUUUAACUGAUAGCUUGGGCUUUUCUCUAUUUUGAUAGUUUUGGGAGAUGUUUUGGUUAUUGUUUCUUGUUUAUUUGUUGUUUGUGUAUUUUAAAAGGUAAAAAAUCGAAAUGGGCUCUAAGCCAGAUGUCUUUCCUCUCUUUUUCACCUUAAGCUUUGCGAAAGCUCUUUAACUUAUGAGGCUUUACUCCUCAAUACCUAUUUUUGUCCAAAGAAUUUAUAGCUUUCCUGGAAAUUCUUUUAUUAUUUCUUGGGCCUGAGAUUGUAGGUAUUUGGCCUGCAGUAUCAAAAAAGGAGAAUUCAGAAUGAUACAAUAUUUAAACAAAUAAUAUUAAACUGUGGCCCUUCUUCCCUCCCUCCAUUCUCUGUCCUUUCCCCUCUUCCCCUUUCCUCAGUGAUGUCAAAAUAGUUGUGUGGGGCUUCCCUGGUGGC